CAAAGCAGACCAUCAUUCACCGUGACGUGAAGAUGACAAAUAUUCUCUUAGAUGAGAGUUGGGUAGCUAAGGUUUCAGGUUUGGGGUUGUCCAAAUUUGGGCCUAAAAUCAUGUCUUGCACUCAUGUUAGCACUGCAGUGAAGGGUAGUUUCGGAUACAUGGAUCCAGAAUACUGCCGUUGUCAAAAGUUGACAGAAAAGUCAGAUGUGUACUCUUUCGGUGUGGUAUUGAUGGAAGUAUUGUGUGCCAGACCAGCAGUCUUACCAAUGGUGAUGGAAGAAGAGGAAGACAGGCAAGAACAAGCCAACUUGGCUGAGUGGGCUUUACAUUGUCAUCAAUUAGGGACCCUUCAUCAUAUUAUAGACCCGUUUUUGAAGGAAAAGAUUGACCCAGAAUGUUUCAAGACAUUUGUGGAAUUAGCAAAGAAGUGUUUGGCAGGUAGAGGAUGUGAACGACCCACGAUGGGCGAUGUGUUGUGGUACUUGGAAUUAGCACAGCAACAACAGGAAGCUAAUACAGUAGAGGAAAAAACGUGUAUUGAGAUGAGUACUAGAACUGCAAGUGAGGAGUUUGUGACCAUUGAUAUUCAAUUUUCGGAGCUCAUGGACCCAGUUGGUCGUUGAUAGAAUUCAACAGACAAUUCUUUCAACCUUGU